UAUAUAUUCUCCUGUCAGGGUGCAGUGAGGAAAGGUCCUGCAGCUUGUCACUUCUUCUCAGCUGUACCUGACUGACCACGCUUGCCAAGAUGAACAGAGAUUUGAUCAUAAAAAACAUGCCUUUUAAGGCUGAGCAGAAGUUGACCGUUGUUGGAGUGGUCAAUUCUGAUGCCGCUGGUUUUGAAGUGAAUAUCGGCCAAGAUGAACUGAAUUAUGCAAUUCAUAUCAACCCUCGUUUUAACACCAAGGGAGAUGUUAAUAGGGUGAUCUGCAACUCUUACCAGAACGGCAUCUGGGGUGUCGAGGUUCGUGGGGGAGGCUUUCCUUUCCAACAGGGAAAGGAGUUCAAGAUCAUGGUUACAUUCACCUGUACAGAGUUCAAGGUGACCCUAUCAGAUGGCUCUGAAAUCCUCUUCCCCAACCGCAUAGGUGCGGAUACAUACUCCGUCAUCAGCUUUCGUGGGGAUGCUUGCCUCAAAAGAGUUGAGGUGGAGUAAACCUGAACCCUCCCUGGGAUUAUUGGAUUGAAAUCUAGCAUAAGGUCACAUAUAGCCACAGCUUUUAAUUUCCUGACUAUAUUUGGCAUCAGUAGUGCCUCACUUGCAGUUGUCACAAAAUGUAUUAUGCAAGAAUUCAGCUUGUUGACAUGUGCAGAUGCAAGCAACAGCUUAGCUGUUUAGCUGAAAAGUGCCACAUAGAGUCAUUUGAUCAUUUGUUCUUUAAGCUGCCUUGAAAUGCUUUGUGUUUUCUUGUAUUUCCUCCAGACAUUCCUGAUUUGUAACUGAGCAUAAUGCUUGCCUUCGCAACAUGUAUUAAAGCAUGUUCUUUCAUGAUAAA